CUUCCGGUGUAAACAGAAAGAAAGGACGAGAAAUCGGAGAAAGACGAAUCAUUGCGUAAAAACUGAAACAGGGGAAGAAUGGGUUUAGGUGAUAUGUUCCAUGACUUUUUCUUUGGUCCAAGUAGACGCCGACCUGGUUCAUUUGAAGACAGUGAUCAACUCUUCAAACAUGGCCCACAGAUUCCUGGCAAUAGAAGAGAUAGAGAUGAGCUCGAAGAUUUUAACAGUAUUUUUACUGAAAGUUUUGGUGACAUGGAAAAACACAUGGAAAUGAUGCAGAGAGAAAUGGAGGCUAUAUUUCGCAGAUUUGGAGCAAUAGACAUGCCAUUUGAUAGUUUACCUGAGAGAGGUCAAAGUAGAAGAGGGGAUAAUCCUAGAGACUCCAUGCUGAAAGAGUCAGAAUCUCCACCAGAAGGUCAGAUAUCCCCCCUACCUUCUCAGCCAUGGGGACAUCGGCACUUUUUUGAUGACUUUUUUCGGAAGUUUGAUACACAAGAACCAGGAGUCAAGGAGGAUAAAGACUUGGAUGAAGAAGCCAAAGAUAUUGACAUUGCCAAAGUAUUUACUGAUCCCAAAUCUGGAAUAGUGCCCUCAGUUCCUCAGAGAGGGGGGAUAUUCAGCAGUGGGGGUAGCAUCUCUGUGACCACUAUUAGGGGUGCUGAUGGGAGAGUUGAACAAAAGAGGACGGUAAGAGACUCUUCAGGGCGGGAGGAGACAACUGUUACCCGGACUAUAGGGGACCAGACUCAUACAGUUACAACCAAAGUGGACCCCUCAGGGACCCCCGAAACAACUGAAUCCUUCACAAAUAUUGAUGAGGGACACAAACAAGAUUUUAAUGAUAAGUGGGACAAUUCUACAGGAAAUCCUAGUCGGUCAUCGUUACUCCCCGACAAUCAGCAGAUAAACCCAGGACAAUCUGAUGACAGAUCUUUCUACGACAGAUUGUUUGGAAUCAGACUGUUUGGACCAAAACGUGACGAUAAAUAACAUCUAGCAGUACAUUGUAAAUUAGUGCUUUAAAUUAAAUGGUGGUUAAGUCUUCACAAUUCACAAAUUGGGAAGUCUACAUUGUCUUUCAGUUUAUGGUGUAGGAAGAUGACAAGUUUUACUGUGCUGGGUUAUUUUUGCCUUUCAGGAUUCAUGUAAUGAUCAAAUUAAAAAAAAAAAAAACAAUAACAACAACCCAAACAUCACUACAUUUAAGGAAAAAAUAAAUCUUGCCAAAUGUCAUGCAUCAUACACAUUUCAAAAUUUUUUCUACAGGGCUGGGAUA